AUCAUUAUUCAAUUACCAUACAUUCUGAAAAACGUUUCUGUUGAGCAAGAUUUUAUUUAUUUUUGUUUUGUCGAAUCAGCGGUGUCAACCGUCGUCGUGCAUUUACUCAGCUGACUGGCUGAUGUUGUGAACAUGGCGUCUCAGUGCAGCCUCUCCACCUUAUUUCCUAUCCAAAGUCUGCUAGAUGUCGCACUAGAAGAAGCCACGACAGAACAAGAGAAGGAAAAUGUUGUCUUCCAGUAUCUGAAGAAACUAGACGAGAGAGGGGGCCUGAAGAUACCCGAUUUCCAGCCAGGCUUGGAAUGGCUGAACACGGAGGGGCCUCUGUCUUUGAACAAGGAGCUGGCUGGGAAAGUGGUGCUGCUUGACUUCUUCACGUACUGCUGCAUCAACUGCAUGCACAUCCUGCCUGACCUGCACCGGCUAGAGAAGAAACACUCUGUCAAAGAUGGACUGAUUAUUGUAGGUGUACACUCGGCUAAGUUCCCCAAUGAAAAGGUCAUAGACAAUGUCCGCAGCGCUGUGCUCCGCUACGACAUCUGCCACCCAGUGGUGAACGACAGCGAGGCGCUCCUCUGGCAUGAGCUGGAGGUGUCCUGCUGGCCCACACUGGUCUUACUGGGCCCACAGGGCAACCUGCUCUUCUCCCUGGUGGGCGAAGGCCACCGUGACAAGCUUACACUCUUCACUGACUGCGCCCUCCGUCACUAUGGGGAGCAGGGCCUGCUGAAGGCACACGCAGUGGGGAUCAAGCUGUACCGAGACUCCCUGCCACCCAGCAUCCUGUCCUUUCCUGGGAAGGUGGCCAUAGACAGCAGCAGGAAAAGACUGGCCAUAGCAGACACCGGGCAUCACCGAAUUCUGGUUGUGUCCUCGACCGGACAGCUGUUACAUGUCAUAGGAGGGCCUGAAAGCGGGCGACAAGAUGGCGACUUGUUCGAAGCUUCCUUUAACUCUCCCCAGGGUUUGGCCAUUAAAAGGGACACUGUGUACGUGGCCGACACAGAAAACCACCUGAUUCGAAAGAUCGACCUGUUGGAGGGGAGAGUCAGCACUCUAGCUGGAGUAGGCGCUCAAGGCACAGACAAAGAGGGCGGGGCCAUGGGACCUCAGCAGCCCAUCAGCUCUCCUUGGGAUGUGACUCUUGGGACUGCUGGCGGUGUCGAGGAUAACGUGCUGUGGAUAGCCAUGGCAGGGACCCACCAGAUCUGGGCUUACUUCCUAGCAGAUGGGAAACUGCCCAAAGGAAGUGAGUCUAAAGCGGGGAUGUGCGUGCGAUGGGCAGGCAGCGGCAACGAGGAGAACCGAAACAACUCCUACCCCCACAAGGCUGGCUUCGCUCAGCCUUCAGGCCUGGCUCUGGCCCCGGACGAGCCCUGGAGCUGCCUGUACGUGGCCGAUAGCGAAAGCAGCACCAUCCGAACGCUGGCCCUGAAGGAUGGCGCCGUCAAGUCGCUGGUCGGUGGAGAGAGAGACCCAAUGAACCUUUUUGCUUUUGGGGAUGUAGACGGCAAAGGGGUUGAUGCCAAGCUGCAGCAUCCUCUCUGCGUCGCCUGGGCUCCCGAACAAAGCCUGCUCUAUGUGGCCGACUCCUACAACCACAAGAUCAAGGUGGUGGAUCCAAAAACAAAGCAGUGUAGCACGUUAGCAGGGACCGGAGAGGCCGGAGAUGCUCUGGGCCCUGAAUUUAACAAGUCCUGCUUCAACGAACCUGGAGGAAUCUGUGCCGGCGACGGCGGCAAGCUUCUCUACGUGGCCGAUACUAACAACCACCGAGUCAAAGUGCUGGACCUGGCCUCCAAGACUGUCUCACUGUUCCCCAUCUCCAUGGACUGCGCAGACUCUGUACCUUCAAAGCUUUCAGGUCCUGCCAAAGCACCUACGUUGCCUAAAUCAGCCGCCAGGAAAGAAAUGCCAGCAGUGGCGGUGUCUGCAGGUCAGACUCUGGUCAUGUCGCUCAGCCUGUCGCUUCCAGAAGGAACCAAAUUGACUGAAGAGGCUCCCAGCUGCUGGGCUCUCUCAGCUGAGGGUCACGAGUGGCUGCUAGAAACUCCAGUGGUUACUGGCGACAUAGCGGAUCUGUCGAAGCCCCUCUCCAUCUCAACCAAACUACCAGCCGUGUUAAAGGACUCAAACAGCAAUCCAAGCCUCACUUUGGGUGUAUGGGUGUACUACUGUAUGGAAACCAGUAACGCCUGUAUGAUGAAAGCAGCCUCCUUCACCCAGCCUCUUCAAAUAAGUGCCAGUCCAGGAGAGGAGGAGGUCACAGUGUUGUUGACUCAUGUCUUCUAAAACCUCUUACCUGUCUGCGUCACAAAGCCAGCUCCCGGUUCUGAAACACAGAUUGUCUCUCUGACUGUCAAUUUGUGACAAAAAUGCAACUCAUACAAACCUGAUUUUUCAGGAUUUUCAUUUCAAACUACUCAAAAAGCCCCAUUCAACCAAACAUAAUGCAAACAUCAGUGCUGUAAUGUCCUUGACUGUGUGGGACAGUUAUUACAAUAGCAACAUAAAUAUCCAUCUAACUGUAAGAAAACUGUUUGUCAUAGAUGGAAAGUUACCUCCUUCUGUAUAAGGCACUGUGACAGGACUAAAUGAAUUCAGCAAAAUAAACACACAUUCUCUGGAAUUAAUGAGAAACUACCUAAUUGGCAGAGGGUGAUGAUGGUGUCAACAGAUUUUCUAUCAUUUAAUGAUGUUUUGGUGGAUUCAGGAACAAAGAAUAAUCUGGUCAUAUUAAUGUUUUCGCCUGACCUGAACAGAUGGAUUUGAAUUUCAAACACCCAACUAUUUACAUUCAGUUGUUGUGGAACAAUAUAUGUUUUCCCACCACAACUUCCAAGUAGUUAUUUAUUGAACAAUUUCAACUGUUAAAGAAUCAGUAGAAGACGUCUGUUGUGUUUGAAACCAUUUCUCAUGUAAAUUGGAGGCGCUUUUUCUUCCUUUCCCUCAAGUAAUUACAUGGCUGGUGGGGAAACAAAGGAACAUUUAAUGGAGCUGAUUUGUGACUCAGACUCAGAGAGAGGAAGUUUUUAUUGGCUUUCCUGGGGAUUAUUAGGAAAGGAAUCAAAAUCUGUAACCUUUCCUUUAAUCAUCAGUCAUUGAUGAUAAGUUAACUAUGCAGAGAAUCACAUUUUGUUUAUAUAAGAAAACACAUUUACUAUUAACUAGUUGUUUAUUAGCAUGCAUAUUAGUAGUAGAUAGGCAUAUUAGUCAUUAUAAAGCGCUUUUUUAUGCUAACUUCUUGGCCGAUUUCCACAAUAACGUCCACAUUACUGCUUAUUGAUGGGAAGCAAGGAAGUUUUUGCACAUGAAUUAAGAUCUUGAUAUGGUCAGUAUGAGCCUUUAUUAUUAUUAUACUUUGUCAUAGUAUCCCUGUUAUCUAGACACCAUAAACACUUUUUUGUUUUGUUACAUAAGAAUAGACUACAUCUAUAUGUUGUUAUUAACCCUUUCAUGUCACUAAUAGGCUUGAUUUUUCAAAUUUUUAAGAGGAAAAACAAACAUCGAUUUAAUCACUCAUGUAUGAAAGGGAUGAAAGGGAACAACUUUUCUCUUAUAAGGCCCAUUCUAAAUAAUUGAUGUACAAAAAUGUCCUUACUUUAUAUCAAAAUAAUAAAUAGGAGAUAAUUCAGGGAAAACUCUCAGUUAAUGACCUAGUACUUGUGGAAUAUGGUCAAACAGAAUAAGACAGUGCAUUAUUAUGACUAAUACAAAAAUAAGCAACUAGUUACCUGUAAUUGUGUUAAUAGUGUUUUCUAAUAUAAAGGGUUACCCACAUUUUUAUUAUCAUGAAUAUUAUAUUAUCAUUGUCUCACUCCGGACUGUUAAUUCACUUCUUCACUGUAUAGUUUUUUAACGGUAGCAUAUGUCCAUAUAUACAUGUGUGGUUGCUUUAGUUUACAGUCCCUCAGCUCGUGGUCUCAAACUGUUUACAAAGUUCACGGUUCCUGAAAAAAGUUACGCUCAUCGCUUGAAAGCUUUGUCGAGUGUCUCCACUCCAUGUGUGAUUGAUUGUACUUUUGGUUAUCACUUCAUUCACGACUCAAGGAGCCCUUUUUUAAUUUAGACCAAUGCAAUAUUGCUCUUACCUAAGGAGUGAAUAAAGUGUUUGGUCUCUAUGGGGGAGCAACCUCUGUGAACUGAUGACAACGACUGACUGCUGCUUAAGAAAGUCUUAUUCAAAACCUCUGUUUCAAGAAUUUAUACACACUCAUCUCCAGAGGCAAUUCACUUCAUUAUGUAAUAUGAUAUAAUAUAAUAUGAUAAUGGUGUUACUGUCAUUUUCCCUUACUGGUUGUCAACAUUUGAAGUUACGGGGGCCUGAGAGUGUUUUGAUAAUCAUGGCUGUCUUCACGCCUCAUGACAUAACUGCACCCGUCAGACUGUUUGCAUUUGCUUUGGAUCACUCGGCCCAAGUGCCUUGCACAGAGGUGUGACCGCAUGGAUGGCAGGAGAUCGAUGACACUUUAACUGUAUCGAAAGCAAUAACAAGAUACUCCCGUGAUGGGGAGAAAUGUUUUAUUUCCUGCAAGUUAUUUAUUUUAAAUGAGCUGCGUACGUUUCUGUUAUUCCUCAGGCAUUUACUUUAAUGAGUGGUAAUGAGCUUGAGUGGCUGCCGGUGGGCAUUUAGUUCCUCAUAUUGUUCUUGCUUGAUUUCUUCUCACUGUACCGCCCUUUUUGAGGCACGUUUUGGAACGAUUUGUACUUAUUAGUACGUCUGCUCUGUCAGUGCUGCACUUUAAGAUGCAACCGAGCAAACUAAUAAAACACUUUUAUCUUUG